GGUUACCAGAAUCCAAAUGGCUCUCUUGAAUAGGCGAUUGGGUUUAUCCUUAACCCGUCUAAGCAGCCCGGCAAUCCAGCGACACUUCAGUAUCACUCUGGCAUGCCGAGCAAUACAGAAACUCACCCGCGUGCGAGUGGUGGACAACAGCACCUUGGGGAACACGCCGUACCACCGGCCACCAAAAUGUAUCCACGUGUAUAACAAGACCGGAGUUGGCAAAGUAGGAGAUACGAUCCUUCUGGCUAUCAAAGGAGAAAAGAAGAAGGCUUUAAUUGUAGGGCACAAGAUGCCUGGCCCCCCCAUGACACCUAGAUUUGAUUCCAACAAUGUGGUACUGAUAGAAGACAACGGAAAUCCGAUAGGGACUAGAAUAAAAACACCAAUACCCUAUAUCCUGCGACGGAGAGAAGGAGAGUUCUCCAAAGUAUUGGCCAUUGCCCGCAACUUUGUAUGAAAGCUAAGAAAGGUCUCUGGCAAUCCUGUUUAUAACCUUUCAUGCAGUAGCUGUUCCUUGGCCCUGAAUGAAAGAAAAUGGUGGAACAUGAAAAAGUUGAAGUUCAUCAAGAGUUUCUCUUCCUGUUUAAGAAUUACAAGCAACUAGUUUAAAUGUUGAAAUACCUUGUUUUUCUCCAAAAGAAGGUUGAUUUAUUUCACAGAACAUCUGCAAUGUGUUUGGGAAAUGGUCCUUCACCCUUACUGCUCUGGUGGUGUUAGUUUGGUCUCUAAUCAUUAAAAUGAGAACAUGAAAAUCC